CGGUCAGCGCUGAUCUUCGCAGAUCUCUGCAACUAACGGGACACUCUAUACGCUCACAUAGCGGACUGCGCACAACAUUCAGAUAAAUACCGCCUUCGGCCUGGAUCAUUACGAGUUCGCUUCUGCGAUCCAACUGCAUGGGAAUCUUGGUGCGCUUACAAGUCGUCACUUUGUGGUUAAGUAGUAAAUAGAGCUCAACAAAUGUCAUGUCGGUCUACGGCUACGAACUGCUGAUCACAAUAGCGCUCAUGUUUGUUACUAUGACCUUAAUACAACUUUGGUUUCAACGCCGUUACAGUUAUUGGCAUCGUCGUAAAAUACCAUAUCUCGAGCCCACACCGCUUUUGGGAAAUUUAAAAUCACUACUAUUGUUACGUACUUCUUUCGGUGACUACUUUCGCGGGCUCUACGAAGAGCCAAACUUCCAAUCGGCACCAUUUUUCGGUUUCUUUAUACUACACACGCCCGCACUGCUUAUACGCGAACCGCAAUUGAUCGAACAGUUACUCACAAAACAGUUUAUUAGUUUUCGCAAUCGCUAUGAGGCUGCCGAUCUACAUAGUGAUCCCAUGGGCGCUUUAACGCUACCUUUGGCCAAAUAUGCGAUAUGGCGCAAGAGUCGACGCGAGAUUUCGAAACUUUUCACUAGUGGACAUAUCAAAAGUGUAAUGUAUCCAAAACUGAUUACCUACGCCGAACUAUUAGAUGUAUAUAUCACACGUAAGAUAAAAAAACAAGAAGCGUCCGAACACAGUGUCGGGGUCGCUGCCGUCAUUGAGGUGAAAGAAAUGUGUGCACUCUACACAACAGACCUCACAGCUGCGCUAUUGUAUARCAUCGAUGCGGCAGGUCUACGCAAUGAUGGCUGCGAGAUGCGCACACAGUGCGAAGAUCUCUUCCAACCCAGUUUGCGUAAGAUUAUCGAUUUCUUUGCAAUAUUCUUUCUACCGAAAUGGGUGCAUACGCUUAAAUCGAAAGUUUUCACACGCAAAUACGCCGACUAUUUACGCCGUUUAGUGGAGGAACGCUUGAAAGUGAACAAGCAUAAGCCGGAUGGCGGCGACCUUAUCGAUUUGUUGUUGAACAUGCAACAGCAUCUSAGCGAUUCAGAACCUUACGGUGCUUGGCUGUGUCAUCCGGACUUUAUCGCCGCACAAGUGGGUAUUUUUCUAUUGGCGGGCUUUGAGACGUCCUCUUCAUUGAUCGCGCUCAUCUUAUACGAAUUGGCAAAGCAACCGGCAAUUCAGCGUAAAUUAAAAGCCGAAAUAGCUACAAGUUUUCGAGUUCCAUCUAAUGGAGGUGUAAGUUACAAACAGUUAUUGCAUAUGCCGUACAUGCAUAUGGUGGUCGCCGAAGGAUUACGUCUCUAUCCGACAGCACCCUUUAUUAAUCGUGAGUGUUUGCCGAAUGGCGAGCAGCAGACGUUGUGGUUUGACAAAGGAAAGAAGUAUUUGCGCAUACCCAGAGAUGUGCCGGCCUAUAUUUCCAUUUUGGGCUUACAUAGUGAUCCAAAGUUCUGGCCCAAUCCACAACUUUACGACCCACAAAGAUUUUCCCAAGAGAAACUGCACAACAUCAAACCAAUGACUUAUUUACCAUUCGGCGCCGGACCACAUGGUUGUAUUGGCAGUCGGCUUGGUAUGCUGCAAGUCAAGCUCGGUUUACUCUAUAUCUUAAAGCGGCAUCGUGUGGAAGUGUGUGCGAAAACAACGAAAGAAAUUCGGUUUGAUCCGAAGAGAUUUAUGCUAGAAGCAAAAGGUGGACUAUACUUGAUGUUUGUUCAAGAUGAGUAAAAUGCUCUAUUUUCUAAUAUUUAAAGACUAGGAAAAUUUAUAAAGGCUUAGAGGUGAGAUUGCCACCCAUUUACCACUAUUUUAAUAAAAAGAUAAAAUGUUAUUGAAAUAUGUCAAUUUAAGAAUUCUUGCCACUAGUUAAAACUACAGGCAACUUGACGCUAAUAUUCUACUAUCAUGGCUUCUUAGCGAAGAACAAGUUAUCCGAACUCAACGAAUCGGG